AUGGACCCGCCUCUCACUGAACUCGCCUUCAAGCACGGCACGGACAAGCACAGAGAAGGCAAGUCGGCGGACACCUGUACGCACCGCACUACGACUUUCCACUUUGGCCCCUUCCGACACCGCGAGAUCAACGUCCUGGAGAUUGGCGUGGGCGGGUUCGAAGACCCCAAAGCUGGAGGCGAGUCUCUACGUAUGUGGAAAGAGUACUUCACCAAGGCGCAGAUUGUGAGCCUUGACUACUACGACAAGACGGCGCUGCAAGAGGAUCGUAUUCGGAUCUACCGCGGGAGCCAAGACGACCCGGCUCUCCUGAAGAGAAUGCACGAAGAGUGCGGCGGGUCCGAUAUCAUCGUCGACGAUGGGAGUCACUGCUGCGACCAUGUCAUUACCUCAUUCAAGAUUCUGUUUCCGCUGUUGAGAAGCGGUGGUAUCUAUGCCGUGGAAGACCUGGAGACGUCGUACUGGAAGGUCACUGGUGGCUCCAGCACUGACUUGAAUGCUACGACUUCGUCCAUGGGUUUCUUCAAGAGUCUGCUCGACGGACUGAAUUACAAGGAGUUUGAGAUCCCCGAGUACCAGCCGACGUACUUUGACGAGCAUAUUGUGUCUAUGACCUUUUACCACAACCUGGUCAUCGUCUACAAGGGUGAAAACGACGAAGAAAGCAAUGUGAUGGUGGGCAAUCAGAUGCCGGAAGCGCUAGCGGCCCUGUACCCAAAGUUUGACUGGUUGAACGCGACUUAAUCAGCGUUCAAUGAGAAUACAAGGC